AUGAGUCUGAGACAGGCCCUUCGCGAAUUGGAACUUCCUUUGCCUGAGGAGGAAGUCGAGUCAACAAAACCGAAGUCGUCCGAGCCUAAACCUAACCCACGUAAGUAUGGCCAAAUUAAGCUUCUGAGGAACCAGCGCCGCAAGAAAACGUCAAAGAAGACGAAGUCCUGGAAACGGUUCAAUUCCAGCCUUGGCUUGAUGGCUGCCAGCAAGACAAAGGUGAAGGCGCCAGCAACGAAGACAAGAGUUGAGCCAAACCAAAAAAUGAUUGAUCUUGGAAAGUCGAUAUUGCGUUCUCGGCAGAAACUCUUCAGUCGCACAAAGCCUCCUCAGAAGCCCGUAAUUAUCAAGAGCCUCUUUAAAGAAAGGGACUUUAAAGAGUUCUCUGAGGACAUGCGUACCCUAUUCUGUUCGUAG